AUGUCAUUGAUUAAAAAUAAUAGUGACGUUGAAGAAGUUCUUAUAGGUGAUGAUGAUUAUGAUGACGAUGAUGUGUUUGAUGAGGUGGUUGAUUUGGCAAAGGUGCUUGAAGGGCAUGAUAAGCGUUGUUAUGAGAUGUUUAGAAUGGAAAAACAUAUUUUCCUUCUCUUAUGCAAAACGUUGAACGAAGAAUAUGGUUUAAGACCAACAAGAAACAUGACCGUAGCGGAGAUGGUUGCUAUGUUCUUGAUGAUGGUAGGACAUGGGGUUGGAAAUCGAAUGAUUCAAGAACGAUUCCAACAUUCUGGAGAGACUGUUAGCAGACAUUUUCAUAAGGUUUUACUAGCAUGUUUGAAAUUGGCUAUGGACAUCAUUAGGCCAAAAAAUCCAACUCUUUCAGAUGUUCACACUAAAUUAAAAGAAGAUAAUAGGUAUUGGCCAUAUUUUAGAAAUUGCAUUGGAGCUAUAGAUGGCACACAUGUAGCUUGUAUUGUUCCUUCGAAGGAUCAAAUAAAAUACAUCGGUAGGAAAGGCUUCACUUCCCAAAACGUAAUGGCUGUAUGUGAUUGGGACAUGUGCUUUACAUUUGUAUGGCCUGGGUGGGAAGGUACUGCACAUGAUGCUAGAAUAUUUGAUCAAGCACUCAGAAGACAAGAUCUUAACUUUCCACAUCCUCCAACAGGUAACUAUUAUUUAGUGGAUUCAGGAUAUCCAACAAAGUUGGGCUACUUAGGACCAUAUAAGGGUGAACGUUAUCAUCUUCCUGACUUUGGACGUAAUUCAAGUUUCAGAAAUCCAAAUGAGAUUUUCAAUUUUUUCCACUCUAGUUUGAGAUGUACAAUUGAAAGAACUUUUGGGGUUUGGAAAAAUAGGUUUUCUAUUUUACGUUCAAUGCCAUCGUUCAAGUUUCACACUCGAGUUCAUCUUGUUACAACUACAAUGGCUAUACAUAAUUUCAUACGAAGAAAUUCUUCCACCGAUGUUGAGUUCGACCAUUAUGCAAACGAAGACAUUAUGCCGUAG